AUGCUGGCCCAUCGAAUUUUGGCGGCUUUGGACAAAGGUCCUAUUGCCAACACCAGUGAAGCGUUCCCUAAUGAGGACCCUGCUGCUAUUCAAGCUGCUGUGUUGUCGCUUUCAGAUAAGAAUAUGAUCACUAGCAAGACUAUCGAGCGAGAGGUUUGGACACCUACAGCGGAGGCUACUGAUAUUCUGCAAAACGGUUCUCACGAGAAACGGCUGUACGACGAAGUCGUGAAAUCCAUCGAGGGCCUCAAAAUUUCGGACGUUGCCAAGAUUUUGGGCCCGGCAGGUAAAAUGGGCCAACAGCGGGCUUUCAAAAACGGCUGGGUGAAAAACGACGGUGACAAGCUUGUAAAGGUCGUUGACAGCGUCGAGGGUGAUCCGACCAGAGAACUGCUGGAAAAGGUUGUCAAGGAUCCCUCUUCUGUCCCAGCGAAGGAGCUCCAGGAGCUCAAAAAGCGGAAGCUCAUCAACAAGUCCAAGCAGAUUUGGUACGAGCUGGGUAAAGGCCCCGAGUUUGCCCUCGAAAUUCAAAAACUCGAAACAGACCUCACCAUGGAUAUGCUUCAGUCAGGCGAGUGGUCGAAAGCCAAGUUCAAGGGCUAUAAUUUCCAGGCCCAAGGUGCCGAUCAGGGCGCAGGUGCUCUUCAUCCUUUGAACAAGGUUCGCGAAGAGUUCCGGUCUAUCUUUUUCAAUAUGGGCUUCGAGGAGAUGCCCACUGAUAAUUAUGUCGACACUGGUUUCUGGAAUUUCGAUGCGCUUUUCGUCCCCCAGCAGCAUCCUGCCCGUGACCUGCAGGACACCUUCUAUAUUAAGGAUCCCGCCGAGGGAAAAGACCCGGAGGACAAGGUUCAUUACGAGCAUGUUCGCAACGUUCAUCAGAACGGAGAGUUUGGUUCUAUCGGCUAUCGCUACCCUUGGAAAGAGAGCGAAGCCCGCCGUCUUGUGUUGCGAACCCAUACCACUGCUGUUUCAGCGUCGAUUCUCCAUGACCGCGUUGCACCAAACCCCCGCCCGGCACGUUAUUUCAGUAUUGAUCGGGUGUUCCGCAACGAAGCGGUGGAUGCGACCCACUUGGCCGAGUUCCACCAGAUUGAAGGUGUCAUCGUAGACUACAAUUUGACACUAGGUGAUCUCAUUGGAUUCAUGCAGGAAUUCUUCUCCAAGAUGGGUGUGCAUGAGCUGCGCUUCAAGCCCGCCUACAACCCAUACACCGAACCGUCCCUAGAGAUCUUUGCAUUCCACAAGCAGCUGGACAAGUGGGUCGAGAUCGGAAACUCUGGGCUGUUCCGUCCUGAGAUGCUGGAAUCGAUGGGCUUGCCCAAAGACAUGCGGGUUAUUGGUUUCGGCCUGUCCCUGGAGCGGCCCACGAUGAUCAAGUAUCAUGUUGCCAACAUCCGCGAGCUUCUGGGCCAUAAGGUCAGCCUCGAUUUCAUCAAAUCAAACCCGGCGGUCCGGUUUGACGAGAACCUAGUUUAG